AUGCGGACUAAAAAGAGGUCUCAGAAGCUGACACUGAGGCCAAAUGUUCUUAACCCUACAUUUACACUCCCUUCAGUUAAUGAGAUACGUUCCGCACUGAAAACUGAUAUAAAUUCUCGUUCAAGUGAUCAAUUACAGGCAAUCUUUUUAUGGCUGAUGUUAAAUAAAAAGGUAACUCACUUAAUAGAAUCUACCACAGAACUAGAAGAACUUGCGAAACUUGCAGAAUACAAAAUUCUACAGAAAAAUGACGUUUUAUUCUAUGAAGGAGAUGACUCAGAAGGAUGGUAUGUAAUGUUUACAGGCACAACAGAUGUUAUUAUUCGUCUGUUCCUUGUUGCAGAAGAUUGUUUAUUUGAUUCUGAUGAAACUGACAGCACUGAAUUCGCUCCUUUGAUGUCUAAGAUGGAUUUAGAUAUACAGCAUGAUAAAUUACAGAGAGUUAAAGUCAAUGUAGCUGGUGAUGUAUUCGCAUACCAUUCAUAUAUUCCUGACGAAACAGGAAAAUCUGAAAUUGAUGGUAAAAGACAUGCAACUAUUGUUUGUUCGUCAGAUUAUGCAGAACUCGUAUAUUUUCCUACAUCAUCAUUUGAGAAAUAUGCACUAAUUAAACAGAAAGACCUUUAUCAGAAACAUUGCGAAAAUUUAAAGCGUGUUUUCCCAAGAAUUCGUGACGAUCAAGUAGAACACUUAUCACUACUCUCUGAGGUAAUGAAUAUUCCUGCUCAUACUACGAUUACAAGUGAAAAAUGUUUUGGUCGUUACAUAUAUAUCAUAAAAAGUGGUACAAUAGCCAGAUAUCGAGUUGUAGAUUUCUCAGAUCUUAGCUUUAGAACUAUAAGCGCACCAUUUGAAACGCUACAACUGCAUUUUCCUGAUGGAAUGCAUCCAGUUCAUACAGAUAACCUUGUUGAAGGCAGUGUAUUCCUUGAUCCAUCUGUCCAUACGCUUACAGGUAAUGAAUUUAACAUCAAAACUAAAACAGAUGUAGUUCUUAUCGCUUUAGAUAUUGAUUAUUUCAAAAUUAUCGUCGGAACUUUCGAAUUAGAGCGUGUUCGACAAGAAAUCAAGUCAACCCUAACAGAUGACCAGGUUAGAAAGAUCUGGGUUGAUUCAGAAAAGAAAAGACUUUGGGAAAAAUUCAAAACUCGAACUGCCGGAGAAGCAAAGAGAGAAAUCAAAGGAGAGAACGACUUCAAGACAGGAUAUGUCGUAGCAAGGAAAGCAGAUUGUCCUUCUGCUUUACCUGCAUUUAGACCAAGAAUUGUGAAGCCUUACGCGCCAAGCCACCUUGCAAAGACGAAGGACUUUUCAGAGCCUAUGGUAUAUUAA